CACUAUGUUGUUCAUUCUGAUCACAGCAGUGCUGUUGAGUCUCUAGGCUAGAGCAGCUUACGCUAGCUUGGCAAUAGCUCUCGCAUGAAUUAGCUCGUUUCUAUUUACUCUACGGUCGAACUAUAUAUAUAUAUAUAUAUAUAUUUUAAAAAAGAAUGUCGAAGGAGUCUCCCCGUGAGCCGGAGCAGCUCCGCAAGCUCUUCAUUGGUGGGCUGAGCUUCGAGACCACCGACGAGAGUUUGCGGACCCAUUUUGAAAGAUGGGGAUCCCUCACAGAUUGUGUGGUAAUGAAAGAUCCAGUCACAAAGAGAUCGAGGGGCUUUGGCUUUGUCACUUACAGCUCUGUGGAUGAAGUUGACGCAUCAAUGGAGGCUCGUCCUCAUAAGGUUGAUGGCCGCCAAGUGGAGCCCAAGAGAGCGGUGUCCAGAGAGGAUUCCUCAAGGCCAGGUGCUCACACCACUGUGAAGAAGAUCUUUGUGGGUGGCAUCAAGGAGGACACAGAGGAGCAUCACCUUAGGGACUACUUUGAUCAAUUUGGCAAGAUUGAAGUCAUCGACAUCAUGACUGAUAGGACCAGCGGGAAGAAGAGGGGGUUUGCCUUUGUUACAUUUGAUGAUCAUGAUGCAGUCGAUAGGAUUGUCAUCCAGAAGUAUCAUACAGUGAAUGGUCACAACUGUGAAGUGAGGAAGGCUUUGUCAAAGGAAGACAUGAACCGGUCCGGGCCAAGAGGUGGAAACUUUGGUAGAGGUGGCGGAUAUGGAGGUGGUUUCGGUGGAGGUAGAGGAGGUGGAGGAUAUGGUGAUAACGAUGGAUACAAUAACUAUGGAGGCAAUGGUGGCGGCUAUGGUGGAGGUCCCGGCGGGUAUAGUGGUGGCAACCGGGGCUAUGGUGGGGGAGGCGGCGGCGGUUAUGGUAACCAGGGUGGCAGCUAUGGAGGAGGAGGAGGAGGAUACGACAACUACAACAAUGGAGGUGGUGGUGGUGGAAGCUACAGAGGUGGUAACUACGGAGCUAGUAGUGGUGGUGGGAGCAGCAGUGGAAGUGGGGGUGGUGGUGGUGGUGGUGGUGGAGACUACAAUGACUUUGGCAAUUACAACAGCCAGUCGUCCUCCAGCUACGGCCCAAUGAAAGGAGGCGGCGGCUAUAGCGGCGGCAGUGGAGGGGGCCGGAGCAGCGGCCCAUAUGGUGGUGGUGGUGGUGUUGGUGGUGGUGGUGGUGGUUACGGAGGAGGCUCCGGUGGUGGAUAUGGAGGGGGCUCCGGAGGUCGAAGGUUCUAGGUUCUGAGGCUACAGUACUUAGGAGAGGAGAGCCAGAGAGGUGACAGGGAAAGGAAGCAGCAGGUUUACCCCCUAGAUCUGCUCAGCCAAGCACAGUUGUGGCAGGUUUACAUCUGCCACAUGAAGAGAAAUGUACAGUAGAAAAGGAAAAAUCAUGUGGAGAGGGAGGGAGGGGAAUGGGUGGGUCCUUUUCAAACCGUUCUUGUCAAAUGCUUCCCAGCAGGAUUAUAUGAUUUUGUAGUUUUGCUGUUUUUGUCUUUGAAGUGUAAAGCAUUCCACUAAGGUUUUAUGUAGGUGUUUUGAUUUUCCCCGCACCUAUAGGGUGUUUUUAAGAUGUAACCGCCACCAAAUCAAGAUUAAAUAAACCGCUUUUCAGUUUUGUUUUUUUACAUUGUGUAUUUUGAUUGAUGGGUUCCUGUUGAUUGUGUUACAUGAGAUGAGUCGUCCUCAACAGAUGAGUAGAUGGUAUGAAGUGUAAUUGGAAAAUCCUCAGAGUACUUGCGUUAUGUUCCAUAUUCAGUAUCAAAGCAUGUCAUUGUUUAGAAAGUGCAUUUUUGUUUAGAUGGUUUACCUCAUUGCCUAUGGUGAAAAUACCCUGCUUGCUUACAGAGGUCAAAGGCCUUUGUGCUUCUGGGCCGCCGGGCCGGUUUCUCCCCUAAAGUUUAGCAUUGUUGCCACUGGACAAAAUAAAAGUUUGCUUAAUGGCUUUUC